AUGACUGAGCAGGACGGUUCAUCGUCGCUCUUAAAUGCAUUUGCAUUUUGGCAACCAGAUAAAGAUAUACGAAACUGUCUAAGUUGUCAGUCUAGUUUCAAUAUACUGGUGAGAAGACAUCAUUGCAGGUGUUGUGGUGGUAUCUUUUGCGGGUCAUGUGCUUCCAAGUUUGCAAGAUACAACGAAGAAAGAGUGAAAGUUGUUAGAAAACCUACCGAUAUUGAAGCUGAGUUACCUCCUUAUCGUACGUGUGAUGCAUGCUACCAGAAUAUGAUGCAAAUGGGAUUGAUUAUACAUCCUUGGAGAAGGAUGCUAAAUAUGGAGAACUCAGAUUUGUUUGAAUCUACCCAAACUACAAUAGGCGAUAGCAUCACAGAACGGACUCCAUCAGUCAGUGUCACAAACACAAAGGACGAUUCGACAAAUGAGUUGACAACAGAUACAGUAAUUUCGGCUCCUGAAACUUCGUCGCACCACGGCCACGAUGAGGAAGAGAAUCAUUGUCCUAUCUGUAAUUUCGACUUCUCAGAAUUUAGUGGUAAUGAAGAAAUAGAGGAUCACAUUAAAGAAUGUCUAACAAGAGCUGAACGUGCUCAGCAGCAUCAAACCACAAGCGUUGCCUCUGGAUUGUCAAAUGAUCAAGAAAAUAAUUGCCCGACAAAUAGAAAUAGAAUGUUAGUGUACAAAGUUGCAAAGGAUAAUACUAAAACCACUGAGGAAUACCCAGAAUGCCCUAUCUGUUUCGAAGAAAUGAUCCCUGGCGAUAAAGUGGGACGUCUAGAAUGCCUGUGCGUGUUCCAUUAUAAAUGUAUCAAGAGUUGGUUCAACAAAAGACAGCAAAAAUUGAAAUCUAAUAAUAAAGCCAAUACAAGUAAGAAUUUCUGCCCGUUCCACGAUGCCAUACUUUGA